AUGUCCACCCUCCCGGCUCCAGAUGCACCCCUUCAGAUUGAAUGGCAGCCGGUGCCCCUCCAGCUUGAUGCCACCGGGCAGACACAGCUGGUCAAGAAGCCCAGGACUGCUUUAGAUACCUACAUUCCCUGCUGUGAGCCUGCCUGGCAAGAUACCGACGAGGUUUCCAUUCAACAGUUCUUCACAGAGCUCCAGACCUACCUCCAGCACAGCCUGCAGAAUCAGUUGACCCGGGGCAGUCAGGCCCUCCUUCUUGUACAAGAGCGCCAGGCAGCACAGAAUGCUCUGAUGGCAGAAGGUCUCGAGUACAUGAGGCAGGAGGUCAACUCUGUUCAGGAAGAACUCCGGAAGUAUGCGGAAAGAGAUGAACUGAAUGAGGAUGCCAUGAAGAUUGAGUGGACAAAUCUGGCCACUCCACCAGACUUUGUUGCCGAGAUAAAGAGAGCCCUUGAUGAAGGAAGACUGGUGGUGGGUAGACCAGCAACUCCGGCAUCAAAUCCAGGACCCAGGUCCUCUUCCAGGGCAGCUACCAGGACAAUGCAGCGGAAAACCAGCCCCUUUGCAGCAUUUCCGGUCCGAUCCACUAGGAGAGUUAUUCCUAUUGUGCAGCCAGCGGUGGGGGCUUCGCCCUUACCACCUAGCCACUUCGGUGGAGCACACCCACUCCUUGGAGGAGUUGACCGAUCCUUUGACUAUGAAGGAGAUUUCUUCUCAGGUGCAGGUCGAGGACCUCCCAGUCUGCUAGCUAGGAACCCGGGAAGGUUUACCAUGUCUGGGGCCGCUCAAGCAGCAGCAUUUUCACCGUUGGCCAGCAAUCCGGCACCAGUAGCACCUGGUGGUAUCGGUGGAAACCAGAAGCCUCCACCUCCCGUGGCCCGCGCUCUCACUCCCGGAGACUCAGGCAGUUCUGACAGUUCAGACUCGGAACCGGAAGGUGGUGACAGAAGAGGCUGGUGGAGAUAUCUGAAGAAGAAGUUGGAGAAGCAACAAAAGGAUUUGGCCCGAGAACCAAAGGCACCACCACCCUCCAAAUUCCAGGGCAAGGCGGAGCAAGUGGAGACCUUCAUCCGGCAAUGUGAGAAUGUGUUCUCCAUUAAGAGCCUGUCAUUUACCUCUGAGGAGGUUAAGAUCCGAUAUGCAGGCAACUUGAUGGAAGGAGAGGCAGCGAUCCGAUGGUAUGAGGCAUAUCACAACUCCAUUGAUCAAACCUCUGCCAACCGUCUUGCUGGGAUGCCGAUGGUGUUGGAUCAAAGAUGGAAGCGCUGGGAUCCCUUUGUGGACGCUUUUAGAGCAGCCUUCGGGGAAGCCAUCUCUAGAGAUGAUGUUCUGAUGUGGAAGACUGGCUAUGAGGGUCAGUUGGUGGAUGAUAAGAUUCAUAAUUCCCUCCUUCCGGACCUAGGCAUGAGUUGGGCUCUUUUUAAUCCCAAGCCAAAGUCCUUGAUGGAGCGGAUAGCUGCUCUAAGAGAGUUGAGGCACACCCAUGAGAGGUACCAAGGGAUGGCAGCUGAGAAAGUGCACCCUCGGACCAAGAAAGAUCCUCCCGCUCAGAAGGACCAGCAGCCUAAGAGGAAAAGAGAAGCUGCGAGCUCCUCCGGACCUCAGAAGACUCCCGGACCUAAAGACAAAGCGGUGGAAGUGAAGGGUAUCCCGGGGGAUAUUCUAGAAGAAAGAAGGAAAGCAGAAGUAUGCUUGAAGUGCGGCAAGUCCAGACACAAAUGGACCGAUUGUUGGUCCAAGGAACCUACUGUUGUCCGAGUGGCAGCAGUAAGAGUACAAAAGCGGAAAAGAGUGAAGGGUAAUUCCAACUCUCAGAAGAAGGCUAAAGUGGCUGCUGUAGUAGCAGAAGAUCCACUUGUUGUACUCCCGGAGGUUACAGAAGAUCCACUUGUUGUAAUCCCGGAGGUUACAGAAGAUUUUGUUUUUCAGCCUGAGCAAGACUCGGACAAUGAAAUCAUCUGGUAG